AUGCGACUGAAUUUACCGAAAUCACUGUGCCUGGGUUCCGUUUGCGCAUCACUUUCUGGGAUUUUCAGUGGUAGUAAUCAGGGCCAAGUCACUCAUCACCCGGUCUUGCCACCAUCUUAUCCACUGGCGGUUCGCAAUCCUUAUUUGUCAACAUGGAUGCCCAGCGAUCGCGUGCACCGACUACCUUAUGCGGAUUCUCAGUUCUGGGCGGGCCAGGAUCUUGGGUGGUCGGUGAUUGUGCGCGUGGACGGUCAGGCCUAUAGUUUGAUGGGUGUUCCUGACUUGGAGGGCAGUGGUAUAUACCCAGCAACUGUGCGCCAUGCUGAGUUCACGGCGACCCAUUCACUUUUCGAGCUUACCGCAGGGCCUGUGUCUUUGACUUUGGACUUCUUUUCUCCCGUUUCCCCUUCAAAUUAUCUCCGCCAGUCGCUCCCUUUCAGUUACUUGACAGUAUAUGUCACAAGGUCGCAAGGACAUGAAAUUCAGGUCUACUCUGACAUUGAUGGAAGAUGGACGGGUCGAGAACAUCGCUCGGGUUCUGCCUUCGAAGAGCACGGCGAUCUCGCUUUUCACUCGCUUUCGGUAGAAGAUGCUAACACCUAUGACGAGGGACACGAUAUGGCUCUCUGGGGUCAAGCCCUUCUAGCAUCUCGCCCAGGGAAUGGAAGCUCGCUCUCAGCGCUCGCAGGAAGUUCCAAGGCGGUGCGAGGACACUUUAUGAGGCACGGAGACUUAUCAUCAGGGGACGCAAGCUGGUCUCAUGGAAGCGUUGUGGCUCUGGCACACGACCUGGGGACCGUGAUUGGCAAGACUUCAGUGAAUUUUGCCGUGGGCUAUGAGAGGGAAAAAUCCAUCAAUUACUUGGGAGAAGCAUACACUGGGUACUAUCGGGCAGAAUAUCCAACCGCACGAGAAGCGCUUUCCUUCUUUUUAGAUGACUAUGAAGAUGCCUAUUGGGAGUCCUUGGAGUUCGACCGGGAGUUAAACAGCUUUGCGACCGCUGCAGCUGGUCCAAAGUACGCGGAUAUCGUUGCUCUUUCGACUCGGCAGGCAUACGGAGGGAUCGACUUGACAAUCCCCAACGACUCUCUUGACACUGACGAUGUGCUCGCAUUCAUCAAGGAGCUUUCCAGCGAUGGAAAUAUCAACACCAUCGACGUCAUUAUGCCAGCCUUCCCCAUCUACUGGGUCAUGGAUCCGGAUUGGAUACGCUUGUUGCUUGAGCCAAUAAUGCGAUAUCUCGAUGCUGGUCGCUGGCAUUUACCAUACACCAUUCACGACCUAGGCACUCAUUACCCCCAUGCUAUUGGCCAUGAUGACCAGGAAGCGGAGGCAAUGCCAAUUGAGGAGUCCGGGAAUCUGCUCAUCCUAGCCCUCGCCUACAGACAGGCCACUGGUGAUACGGAUUGGACCGACCAAUACAUAGCCAUUUUCCAGCAAUACGCCGAUUAUUUGAUUGAUAAUACCAUCAACAUGGCCAACCAACUUUCUUCCAAUGACGCAGCUGGACCUCUACCCAACGAGACCAACCUGGCCAUCAAGGCAACUGUGGGGAUCAAGGCAUUCGGCGAACUGAGUGGCAACACAUACUACUCUCAAACUGGCGAUGACUAUGCCGAUCUGUUUUACACUCAGGGUCUAGGCACAGAUAUGGAGCAGACCCACUUUGUGCUUGAAUAUCCCGAUUUCCCAGACUCGUGGAAGACACCAUACAACAUUUACCCAGACGUGCUACUUGGGCUGGACACCUUCCCCCGCGAAGCGCAUGAAAUGAGCAACCAGUUCUUCUCCACCGCAGUCCGUGGGGAUUAUGGCGUUCCACUCGAUAACCGGCAGGACUGGGCGAAGUCGGAUUGGAACAUGUGGUUGGCGGGUACGUUUGAUGAGGACACGCGAGAUGAGUUUGUGAACGACUUGUGGGCUUUUAUGACAAAUGGCAAGCAUAACUGGCCUUUUUCCGAUCGCUAUGUGGCGACAUCUACCCAUGGCAAUGAGCCUGGUAUCCCAAUCUUGUGUCGGGCACGGCCGACUGUCGGUGGUCACUUUGCUAUCUUAGCUUUGAAGGGACCGGCCUCGUUCCAGUCUCUUUCAAUCAGUCAUAAGCCAGGUCGAAAGACGAGUAAAGUGCAAAUGAUUAAGGGCCAUGUCACCGACUCGGAACUUGUGCUACAGGCUGAGCCGGCUUGA